AUGUGGCUACCGAAAGGAGACGCGUCAAGUAAAGGAACGAAAAGUGGUUCAGUGGCUGUUGCUAUAGACAAAGACAAAACUAGCCAAAAUGCUCUUAAAUGGACAAUGGAGAAUCUUACUUCUCGUGGCCAAACUCUUGCUCUUAUUCAUGUCGUUCCCAAAUCUCAAUCUUCUUUAGACAUUGAAGAAGGAUCAUUAAAUAAGCAUCAAAUGGAGAAGCAAACCAAAGAUCUCUUUGUAUCCUUCCAUUGUUACUGCAGCCGCAAAGAGAUCAAUUGUAUGGACGUUGUGCUUGAAGAUGUAGACAAAGUCAAAGCAAUUGUCGAAUAUGUUACCGUUUCUGCGAUUGAGAAUCUAGUCCUUGGUGCUCCAUCAAGAAGUAGCUUUAUGAGAAGAUUCAAAACGGAUUUACCAACGAGUGUAUCAAAGGCAGCUCCAGAUUUCUGCAAUGUUUAUGUCAUUUCCAAAGGAAAAAUCUCUUCUGUACGUCACGCGGCGCGUCCUGCUCCUUUUCAACCAUCAGUUCUAAACGAAUUUGGCAAUCAGGAAACUAUUGCCAUUGAGAAAAAACAUAAAUCAGCUAACACACCGGCAUUGCCUAGGGCACGAAGAUCAGUUGAUUCAGAUGGUACAAGAUUAGGGUUUGCGAAACCACCACAAGGACAUAUGAAACUAAUGGGGGAUUUCUCAGAUUCAGAGUCCGAAUUCUCAUUCAUAAGUGCUUCACAACACGAAUCCGACAUGUCCUAUAUGAGCUCGGGGAGACCGAGUGUAGAUCGGUCUUCUUUUUCCUGCGAUUUACCAGAUUCAGCAAGAACCUCAAGAAUGUCAACGAGCUCAGAGCAGAGUAUUGGGUCACAUAGAUUAGGAAUCAAGUUUACGGAUUUGGGUUAUCUCAACAAUUCUUCUACGGUUUCUGAUGAGAGUGGAAGAACCUCUUGCUCAUAUUCAUCUCAGAGCUUGGAUGAUGUUGAGGCUCAAAUGAGGAGACUGCGUAUAGAGCUAAAACAAACCAUGGAUAUGUAUAGCUCAGCUUGCAGAGAAGCUUUAACCGCAAGGCACGAGGCGACAGAGCUGCAAAAGCUGAGGUCAGAAGAGGGAAGAAGAAUGGAAGAAUUAAAGGUGACAGAGGAAACAGCGAUGUCAAUGGUGGAAACGGAGAGAGCAAAGGCCAAAACAGCCAUGGAAGCUGCUGAAGCUGCAAACAGGCUUGCGGAAGCAGAAGCAAAGAGAAGACUAACCGCAGAGAUGAAGGCACUGAAGGAGAGCGAUUCAUUCUCUCGACAUAGCAUCGUUCGAUACAGGAAAUAUUCUGUUCAAGAAAUCGAAGAGGGAACUGGAAAUUUCGCAGAGUCAAGAAAAGUAGGAGAAGGAGGGUAUGGGCCUGUGUUUAGAGGUCAUCUUGAUCACACGAGUGUUGCUGUUAAGGUUUUACGUCCUGACGCUGCUCAAGGAAGAUCACAGUUUCACAAAGAGGUUGAAGUACUAAGUUGCAUAAGGCAUCCAAACAUGGUGCUUCUCUUAGGAGCUUGUCCAGAAUACGGAAUCCUCGUGUACGAAUACAUGGCCAAAGGAAGCUUAGAUGACCGUCUUUUUAGACGCGGAAACACGCCGCCGAUUUCGUGGCAACUACGUUUCAGAAUCGCUGCUGAGAUCGCUACGGGUCUCCUCUUUCUCCACCAGACCAAACCAGAACCAAUCGUCCACAGAGACUUGAAACCGGGAAACGUUCUUCUCGAUCACAAUUACGUCAGCAAGAUCAGCGAUGUAGGCCUAGCGAGACUCGUCCCGGCGGUAGCUGAGAACGUGACUCAGUACCGAGUCACGUCCGCCGCAGGAACGUUCUGUUACAUCGACCCUGAGUAUCAACAAACCGGAAUGUUGGGUGUGAAAUCGGAUGUUUAUUCACUCGGAAUCAUGCUUUUGCAGCUUUUGACUGCGAAACAGCCAAUGGGUUUGGCUUAUUAUGUGGAACAAGCGAUUGAAGAAGGAACAUUGAAGGAUAUGCUUGAUCCUGCAGUACCAGAUUGGCCAUUAGAGGAAGCUUUGUCUCUCGCGAAGUUAUCGCUACAAUGUGCUGAGUUGAGAAGAAAAGAUAGGCCUGAUCUUGGUAAAGAAAUAAUGCCUGAGCUUAACAGACUUAGAGAGAUUGGUGAAGAGAGUCUUGAGAGUGUGUUUUAUGCUGGACAAGGACGGUCUUCACAUACUAGCCAAGUCUCUUAUACAUCGGAAGGUAGGAGUACUCCUUCUAUAUCAAAUGCAGGAUCUUCUAUAUCAAACCCAUAUCCAACGAUGGGACAAGGCAAAGAAGUUAAGACGAGACCAGAUCCUGAAGUUGAGAUUCAGGAAAGAGGAGAAAUAUUCUUCUUUUAUAGGCCAAAGGUUAACAAAGAAGAAGCUCACAGUGUGGACGAUGUUCAAAGGUUAUACAUAGUGAUGCGUCCAGAGUCCGGUGAGAAUCUCGUCGAGGAGAAACAAGACCCUAUCUCCGGCAAAGAAGGUUCUGAUAAAGGUUCCGGUGACGGAGACGAGGGAAGUGGCUCCUCCUCCGGCGCCAAGAAUGGAGGUGAAGGAGGACAUGGGGUCGAGAAAGUGAACAUCGAGAAAGAGAUUCUGUUACGAUUCAUUGUGAUGGGUAAGAAAGCUCUUCCUGAUCCGAGCAAGAAAUCACAACCUUUUUGGGGAUUCGUGGAGAUGGUGACUAAGAAUGUUGAAGAUGUUAAAAAUGCUCUUAAAGGAGAGGAGUACGAGACGAAGACCCGAGGACAUAGGCACAAGCCGCCGGCAAGAGCUGUCGGAGAAGGAAUAUACCGAAUUCUCCGACAUAAACCUGCUCCGACAAGAAAGCACCAUACACAUCUUGUCUACAAACUCGAAUUCCCAUCGAGAUCGCAGACCAGAGAACACGAGCCGCAAGAGUCGCUGAACAUUGAACCGGAAGGCUCCUUCCUGAUCCAAAUACGAAACCCAGAUCAAGGGGGAAGAGCAAGAGGAAGAGGAAGGUCAGGCUUUGGUGGGCUGAAGAGAAAGAGGAGAGCCCAGUUUCCGGCCCAUCUUCAGGCCCAUUUAGGUCAUACCCGGUUUGGAGCAGCCGACCCGCCCGAUUUCCUGAAUUAUGAAGGAUGUGAGUUUUUACUGAUCUCGGCGUCCGACGACAUAGAGGAAGAGUUGGGGGUGGAGCUGGAGCCUGAGGGUGAUGGCGAUGAGUCCACGUGCGAUCUUUUGAAGACUUUCGGGGACGAUGUUGAAGCUACUCCUCUACUUCGCGGUACAUGGGACUAA